CUGUGAGGGUUAGAAGGAUGUUAGGUUGUCAUGUAGUAACCAACAGAAGGUUAUGAGUAAAAAAAAUAAAAAAGGAUUAUUUGAUCAUCUGACUUGUUUUGCGUAAAGGGAAGAGAUAUGGAAUGAGUCGGAGAGCACAUACGGUUGUCUUGUGUUGAUUUUAGAGACAUUAUUUUGACAUUUUUAAUAUUUGUGGUGAUCGGCGAAACACCUCGAUUCAGGAAUUGGUCGUCCAACUCGCGAUGCUGGACAGAUCGCUGCAUCAUCAUGUUGCUUCCGAGUUAGCGAAACAAAUCACAAGUUACACCAGGGGAAUAGUGAGUCGUCGUCAUUUAGCUACCCGACAAUUGCAAUUGUGAACAGAAAAGGAUGGAUACAUCUGUUGAUUUGGCUUGUUGGCACUUCGAUGAUACAUUGUCGCGCCCAGUGAUGUGAAAUAAGAAGAUAAAUAGCUGGUGACAUUGUAUCACUUGUUUAUGCCUGGGGUUGAUGCGAUAUUUCUCAUUUGUUAUUGGGUGGGCGCGAUUGUAAUUAGCCAACAUCUUCAUUAUGGGCAUUUGGGAUAAUGAAGAAUCAAAAUGCAUUUUCUUUCAAAUAAACUUUGCCACUGAAAUAUAGUCUAUCCAGACCUACAUUAUAAAAAUCUGGAAUAUAGUAUUUACUUUUUUAUUGGCUCCAUCAUCAUCAAAUAAUAUAUUGGAUUUAUCAAGGAAGUGCACGUUUAGUCUCUGUUGGAUUACCCCGGUUUGUGUAGGACAUCCACUUUGACUCUGGAUGAGACUGCUCUGUUCGGGUUAUGAUCAUGACCCAGGAAUGUAUGGAUGAUCGCCAAAGAGAUGCUGACUUCAUGGAAAUAUGCUGGUGACAUUUCUCCUAUUCAAACAAAUCAGCUACAUAGUUAUUGUGCUGCAGACUGUUAUUGGAUACUUUUUUGAUUAUAGUGGCUAAGCGUGCCACAUUGUCUCAGUAAAUGUUUUUAACCACGAUGGAAUGCAACAUAAAUAGAUUCUCCAAAUAGGUUGCCAAUAUGUUAAUUUGAAAGUUUCAUAGGAUGAAAUAGACCUAUGUUUUCCUGGCCCGUCUUUAAUCUUUUGUUACUGUCCACUGCUGUCACCGCAUCCACGUGGAGUUGACAACACCUGACACUUGACAACUUUUGGGUCGAGGAAACUUGCAACCGUGACGCACAGACGGCUCCCUCUGCCGUAAUCCCCAGAACGGUGCAAGGGGACAUAGCUUUUGUUUUUGCUUUCGGACGGCGGAGAGGAAGAGGGAUAGACACAAUAAGGAAAAAGUAGUUUACAGCAGAUACAAAAAAGAAGUCCGGCUAAAAUGGCCGGCGAAUGCAACUAUAAAACACAAUACGAGAAUGAUGACACAUUUUCUCCAUCCAAAUUACCCGACCGAGUGCGGAUGCUCGCGGGGGAGCCCGACGCCGCCCGUGCUCCGACGGGGCGUAAAUCCUUGGGUUGCUCGCCAAACUUCGAAUUGAUUGACGGACUGCUGUACCGUAAGAAGUUGGAGAGAGGCUUCAUCCAUUACCGGGAGGUGCUUGACGAGGACCGACGGUUCGGGGCAAUCGCCACUUUCCACCGGCGACGGCCAGGCACGCGCCACCACUCCCUGGAGGACACGUACAGAUCUGUGGCCGAGAACUACUGGUGGGAGGGGAUGUAUUUUCAGAUCCGAGACUUUGUCCUGGGAUGUUCAGAGUGCCUUGAGCAGAGGAACAAGAGUCUUGAGAAGGGUGUGGGCGAGAGCCGUCUCUCUCAGACAAUGAUGUCACACAGCCGUGACGUGUUGAAUAAGCUGAGGAGCCAGCGGGAGGCAGGACUGUUCUGUGACAUCACUCUGAGGACAGACGGACGCUCUUACUCUGCCCACAAGGCAGUGCUGGUGGCAGUGAGCGAGUACUUCCAGGAAGUAUUCACUGAGAUGGACUCCGCCCCUAGCGCCAGGUCUGACAUCGAUCUCACAGGUUUCAGUGAGUCUAGCCUGGUGUCUCUGCUGGACUUCUCCUACUCCUCUACUCUGUGUGUGUCUGAGGAGGACCUGUCAGAGGUCAGCACUAUGGCCCGUCAUCUGGGCAUGUGGCCUGCCGUGGAGGCCUGCGCGGCCCUCCAGAGGGAGCAGGCGGACCACACCUCCCGCUACCCCAACACGGAGCACUCUGCCCUGGGCUACCCAUCGCAGUGCCCUGGGGCUCCCAUGGAGCUCCGCCACCACCAGAAGGACAGGAAGAAGGGAUUGGCUGGAGAGGGCAGGGAGAGGGUGGCUGGGGGAAGAGUGGUGAGGGGUUUGGGUGAUGGCUUCAGACUGAUUCUGGAUCAGUCCGAUGAGUCAGGGGAGGAGAGCCCCACCAGACGGUCGCCCCGUCGCCCCCUCAGACCCAGCGCCCACCCUCCAGGGCGGAACGGACUCCCCCUCAGCCCCAUGCACAGGAUGAAGCUCAUGGACUUCAAAUCCCCCUCCUGUAAAAUAACCUCUUCCCCCCGAAAAAAUUUCCCCUCCAACCCCCGCUCCCGAAAUGUCCCCUCUUCCUCCUUGCCCCACACAUGUACCCGUCUCCUUCGCUCCACUCCCGGGGCCGCCAAGGAGGUCCAGAGUAUGCUGCCCAGGACAGAGAGCCCUCCUCAGGGCCGAAAGCCACCCCCAGUCCCCUGUCCUGCCUCCACCUCCUCCAGACAGAGGACUUGCUCUGAGGCCAACAUAGUGAGGGUGGAGGAGGAAGAUGAGAAAGAUAAUUUCAGAGCGCUGGAGAAGUACCGGCUGAUGAGCGUGCUCGGGUUACAGAGGACGUCCCUCCUCCCCAGACCGGAGGAUCUGAUUGGCUGGAGGCAGAAGAAACGGCUCCGGAAGCUGAAAGUCAAUAAUUAUUCGCUGACUAAGCGGAGGAAACCCCGCCCCCAGGGGUUGGGGGGUCUGCCGUUCGGGGGGCUGCCCCUGUCCCUCCCUCUCUGCACCCCUGCCAAUGCCCACUUCUUGAACAGGAUCAUAAAGAAGGAGCCUGUGUAUCCAAUCAGCAUGGAGGACAGGAGACUGAAGAGAUCCAGACAGCCCCGUCCUUUUCCACCCAGCGACAGGAGCAUGCGCAGUAAAGUGGCAUUACCGGACCUGCUGCAGCCCGUGUCCAGGCCGGCCUACGGCGGCAGGGAUCUCAGGCGUUCUGUCAGGGGUGAAGAAGUCAGCCAUCCCCCUCCGCACCUCCCGCCCCGCUCUGGGAAUGCCAGAGUUCCAAAUCCCAAGAGGAACAUCUCUGCUCUCAGGAUCAAACCGGAACAUGCCGACUACGCCAUCUCAGCCCUGCAACUCCCCUCACAUGGCCAACGCCCAAACACACACAUCCCCCCUCCCAGGGCCCACCCCAGGAACAAGGGUACCAUGGAGACUGUCAGGGUGCUCCGCUACAACAGCGGGUGUCUGUUGGCCAAAGCCAAGCCGGAGCGGAGUGGCAUGAAAGAGACUGGGAGAGCCCAGCAUAAGUCCAGAGAGAAGAGUAUGAGGACAGGGUGCAACCAGGGAGCAAGGGGGGUCACGGAGAGAGGGCCUGGAGCUCUGAGCAGAAGGAAAAACAGCAGCAUCCUCAGCCCUGACAAUGUCCCUCCUCCCCUCCAUAGCCAUCCUCUGUACAGGGUCAUCAAGGAGGAACCAGCAGACCCUCUACCCAUGGUGGGGCCUUUCCCCGAGUCGCCCUCCCCAGAGCUGGGUAAGAGGCAGAUCAAGCCCCCUGUCAAGCUUCUAGAUCCAGGCUUCCUCUUCAGCUUCUGCCGGCCGCCUGGAGGGCCCAUGGUGGGGGUGAAGAGGGAGGAGGAGAGUGUGGAUAUCUGCCUAACACGAUCUGUCUCGAGGGGGGAGAGGUUAGGUCCCGGGGGGGGCCCGGACAGGGUCCUGAGGGCCAGAGGAGGUCCCCCCACUUUGCCCAUGGUGAAAAAGGAGCGAGAGGAGAAGAGUGUGAACCAAAGUCAAACCAAGAGGCAGGGGCCACCAAGGGCUGUCAACAUUCACCAACACAAGGCCCCCCACCUGGUUAGAGCCAAAGGGUCAAAGGGUGCACACAGAGCACGGGACAAACCAAAGAAGCAAGCUAAGCCCCUCCACCUGCCUAGCCGAGGCCCCGCCCUGUUGGACUCGAUCUGCCGUGCGCGGCUCAAGCAACUGCGGAGUCCUCGCAGUCAGGCCCCCAAGGCCAAGUCAUCCCACGUCUGCCUGCAGUGCCGGGCCUCCUACAAGGACUGUACCAGCCUCCUCAUGCACCGCAUCAGGCACAUCGAGGGCAAGCACUGGCCCUGCCCUCUGUGCAGUAAGACGUUCUUCAGGAUGAGGAAUGUGAAGAACCACAUUCGGACCCAUGACCAAAGGCUGUAUAAGUGUCGCAGCUGUAUUGCUGCAUCCUGAGAGCUGACUGGGGAGGGAGAGAGGGUUGAGGCUGUCUACAUUGACUGCCGUGAUGAAGAGAGUAGAGCACAUUGUUGAACUGAAAGCUUGUACAUGCAAUGCGUCCAUCACAUCCAAGCACAAGGCUCCCAGGAAAGAUGUAAUUACUAUGAUUAUUGUUAUUUAAAUAACCAAACCUAAAUUCUUGUUUGCGUUUUCAGUAGCUACAGGGGUUUCAACUUGAACUUUACACUCAGGGGGUGGGGCAACUGUGGCGUCACUGUAUUUAAAUGGUUGACGACGUCACAGUUUAUGUAAAUGAAAAAUGUGUAGAAUGGAAAUGACAGAAAUAUAUUAUGACAAUGAUAAUUAUUACCACUAUUGUUAUUUCUAUCAUUAUUUUUCUAUGUAUAGACUGAAUCUUUGAGUGCACUUAUACACGAUAUCACCAAAAGCAUGUGGACACCCCUUCAAAUUAGUGGAUUUGGCUAUUUCAGCCACACCCAUUGCUGACAGGUAUAUAAAAUCGAGGACACAGCCAUGCAAUCUCAAUAGAGCUCAGUGACUUUCAAAUCAAAUUUUAUUGGUCACAUACACAUGGUUAGCAGAUGUUAUUGCAGGUGCAGUGAAAUGCUUGUGCUUCUAGAUCCAACAAUGCAGCAAUAUCAACAAGUAAUCUAACAAUAAAAAAACUAAAUAUUGCAUAGUUUCGUAAGCAAGGUGACCCCCUCUGUCGGCGCCAUCUUGUUAAACGUGGCACCGUCAUAGGAUGCCAUCUUUCCAACAAGUCAGUUUCUGCCCUGCUAGAGCUGCCCCAGUCAACUGUAAGUGCAGUUAUUGUGAAGUGGAAACAUCUAGGAGCAACAAUGGCUCAUCCGUGAAGUAGUAGGCCACACAAGCUCAGAGAAUGUGACCGCUGAAGCACGUAAAAAUUGUAUGUCCUCGGUUGCAACACUCCGUACCAAGUUCCAAACUGCCUCUGGAAGCAACGGCAACACAAGAACUGUCAGGAGCUUCAAGAAAUGGGUCUCCAUGGCCGAGCAGCCGCACGCACACAAGCCUAAGAUCACCAUAUGCAAUGCCAAGUGUCGUCUGGAGUGGUGUAAGGUUUGCCGACAUUGGACAUUGGAGCAGUGGAAACACGUUCUCUAGAGAUUUUAUUUUUAUUUAACUAGGCAAGUCAGUUAAGAAAAUAUUCUUAUUUACAAUGACGGCCUAGGAACAGUGAGUUAACUGCCUCGUUCAGGGGCAGAACGACAAAUAUUUACCUUGUCAGUUCGGGGAUUCGAUCCAGCGACCUUUAGUUUACUGGCCCAGUGCUCUAACCACUAGGCUACCUGCUGCCCCGGAUGGUGAGUCACUCUUCACCGACGGAUCAAUCUGGGUUUGGGGGAUGCCAGAAGAACGCUUCCUGCCCGAAUGCAUAGUGCCAACUGUAAAGUUUGGUGGUGGAGGAAUAAUGGUCUGGUGCUGUUUGUCAUGGUUCGGACUAGGCCCCUUAGUUCCAGUGAAGG